GUGAAAGUGAGGCGCAGUCCGACACCCUGGCAGCGUUCUUGCAGGACCUUUCCUCUCAUGAUCAUAAUGAUGGUACGUCUCUUCCAGGAAAAACCAACAGCAGCAAGGAAGGAGAAAUUCAUCCAGAGAAUAAAAUAUACAAAGCUAUGGCAGAAUGUGACUGUGGCGCUGAUGACCACCGGCUAUUUGAAGCAGAGUGGUACUGGGGCAACAUCUCAAGGGAGGAAGUAAACGAGAUGAUGAGAAACACUCCUGAUGGUACAUUCCUGGUCCGAGAUGCUUCCAGUAGGAUUAAAGGGGAAUACACGCUGACAUUAAGAAAAGACGCUUCAAACAGACUAAUUAAAAUCUUCCAUAAUGGGGGCAAGUACGGCUUCUCUGAGCCACUGGCUUUUUCCUCUGUAGCGGAUCUGAUCCAGUAUUACCAGAAGAAGUCAUUGGCCCAGUACAACUCUAAACUGGAUACACGGUUACUUUAUCCAAUAUCCAGAAACCAGCAGCAGCAGGUUGUGAUGGAAGCUGACAUUGAUGCAGCUGGAGAACAGCUAAGGAUAUUUCAGGAUCAAUAUAAAGAAAAAAGCAAAGAGUAUGACCGCCUAUUUGAGGAGCUGAAUCUGACCUCCCAGGAACUGCAGAGCAAGCGAACUGCCAUUGAGGCUUUCAGCGAAAUCAUUCGGAUCUUUGAGGAGGAAUGUGAAACCCAAGAGCGCUACAGCAAGGAAUACAUCGACAUGUUCCUCACAUUAGACAGCAGUACAGAAUCCGACAAGAUUCAAAACAAUUCAGAUGAACUACAGUCAAGGGUGGAAGAGAUCCACAGCAGCAAGAAGAAGUUAGAGGAAGAGCUGAAGAACAAGGCACUGGUUCACAUGGAGGUCGACAGGAAAAUGAACAAACUGAAGCCUGACCUCGUGCAGCUCCGGAAGCUCAGAGAUCAAUACCUGGUCUGGCUAACUCAACAAGGCACCAGGCAGAGCCAGAUAAAUGACUGGCUCGGUAUCAGGAGUGAAGAAGAAGACCCAUACACCCUAGCAGAUGAUACCCACCAGGAGGAGAGGAGCUGGUACGUUGGUGCUAUGAGACGAAAGGAGGCGGAGGAGUUGCUGAGAGGGAAGAGAGAUGGGACAUUCUUAAUCAGGGACAGCCAGACUCAGAGAGGCUCCUUUGCCUGCUCUGUCGUUGUGGACGGGGAAGUGAAACACUGUGUAAUUUACAGGACGUCCACGGGAUACGGCUUCGCUGAGCCCUACAACCUGUACUCAUCACUGAGAGAGCUCGUCCUUCACUACCGUCACACAUCCUUGAUCCAGCACAACCAGCAGCUGAAUGUAACCCUGGCCUGGCCCGCUCUCAGCCAGCAGCCCAGCUGAGACACACCAGCACACACCCAGUAACAGUACUGUGGACACACCCGAACGGACACUAUUACCAGGCUCAAAACAGCAUACCGGUUAGUGUCAUCACCGCACUAAAAUAUUCAGUGCUAAAAUUAGAUAAUAAUCUAAACAUUGCUUUUACGCCAAACAAAAGUCAUCCGUAAAAUACAGUCAAGAGAAUUUCAGCGGUUUAUGCAUAUUAUGUGGAAUAUUUGUUUCCUGUAGUUUCAGCCUGUAAACCAGUUUCGGUGAACGGGGAUCCAGUUUUGAGAAUGUUGUUUGACGCUGUUACACUGAUACAGCACUGACAAUGUAAUCAGCAGCAUAUUAGUCUGCUUUUAUGAGCCAGGCUGGAGCUUUUUAUUUUGUUAUUAUUCUUUUGUUAUUAUUAUCAUUUAUGUGGUUAAAAAGCCAAUUUACUUUUCAGCAGCACCUAAAGUUUGCAGGAAGCUUUUGCAGAAGUCAGCAGUAAAUAUUCAACCAAACUGUCCCAGUGCAGAAUUCAGCCUCACUAGUUUUCCCAAAUGUGCUGCAAAAAGCUGUGCAGUGAAUUGGAUUCUGAAUACAACCCUUUCAGUAAAAGAGUAACUGAAGAAAACACACAAAAUAUUUAGGAAAACACAAAUAACAAAAUUUGGCAUUGCAAUGUUGAUUUUAAUUAUUCUUUUGUCCUGAAGCUAAAACAAUCCAGCACAAGUUUCUGUAUUUUUAUCUAGAUGCAAGCACAAGAAAUUACUAUUUUAAUGAAGAAGCCAAAUAUAAAAUAGCUUCACCGCUAUCAAGUUUUUGUAUUUAUAGUUGGCCACUCCUGACCUCUACCACACUUGUUUCAACUUGUUUGAACAAAAACAAACCAGUGUGUGUGUUUCUUAAAUUGAUUUCUUAAGCUUCUUAAUCAUCUAAUGCAUAGAAACAGUGAAGCAACAACAAAAUGA